AACAAAUGAGUGAAAAUGUCAAGCGAUCGCCGGCUGUACACACUGUUAAAACACCAAUAACAUCAAACAAAGCCGCAUUGCUGCCAAACACCAGCGAUGAACCACCACCACCACCUGUGUCCGUUGCAACAAUAACAGCUACCACCUCGCCAAUUUCGUCUACUCUGCAAAAGGACGCUGCAAAGGUCGCCAGAGCAAGUAGCAGUAAAGAAAACAGAAAGGCGCCAAACAUGGCUGCUGCACUACCAACAGCCGUCAACGCCGCCGUUAUGACAGGCAAUUCACCUCCAGCAAUCCCUGUCACAAUCGCCGCGUUUGACAAGUCGUCGCCCAUCACCGGUGUGGGUUUGCAACCACACCACAUGACAGCGCCACAACAUGCCACGGUGUUAUCUGCUAGACGUACAGAAUCUAAGUCCAGUUUGUGUUCGCCCGUAUCUUCACCGCUGGCCGGUCGUAAAAAUCGUCCACUCUUGCCUGCGAGUCCCAAGUCCACGCCACCGGUGGCGCGCAAGAACUACCAUCUCUCGUACAAUGCCGCAACUGGUACUAUAACAUCGCCUAUUGCGAUACCCGCGGUGCCGCCGCGCAUGAUGGCCGCUUUAGCGUCCAGUCCAGGCUCCUCACUUUCGCUGUCUUCGUCGACCUCAUCGCCUUCGUCAUCGCCCCCGCCCCCUGUGCCAAUGCGCGCGCCCAAAUAUUAUUCCAGUGGAAAUGUACACCGUUUGCUGAAUGCGAGCUCGAAGGACGGCGCUGCUGUACACUUAAAAGGUUACAACGGCGCACAAGCUGCCAAGCCAGUCGUGGGUUCACCGAACAAUCGUAUUGGCGCUGUAGUGUCUACUAGUGGCGGUGGUAGUGUCAGUGGCGCAGGUAUGCGUUUACCAGAAGUCACUGCAGCCGGCACAAAAUCCGAAUUUGACUUGGAUAAAUUGGUGGCGCAGCAGAAGGAGCUGGAAAAGCAGACGGCUGCUGUUAAAAUGGAUGCAAAUAUCUAUGAUGCGGAAAUUGAGAUGAUGAACAAGUAUCUUAAAAGUCUACCCGAUUACACUGAGCUCGACAAGAAAUUGCAUAAGGAGUUUCAGGAGUGCGAGGACUUGUACGACCGCUUGAAACGUCGACAGGCGCCGGGCGUUUCUAAGUCCAAUUCCCGUCAGAGUGUUAUACUAAGCGCGCCGACAGAUCCACCGGCUUCAAACAGCGCGUACGCACCUGGAAAUAAUCUCACUAAAUCGUCAUCUAUUAGUUUCGGUAAUCCACUUCCUUCGAUGCAAAGUCUGCAAUCGAGCACCUCGGCCAACCGGUCGCGCCUGGCAUACCCAUCGAUCUUUUCCUCUCUCGGCCCGCAGCAGCAGCAGCAGCAGCAACAACAGGCGCCCAAACUACAACGCAGUACCUCAAGCAACAGUAUGCCGUAUUCGAAUCCUCCACAGUACGGUGGCAUACAAGGGUUCGCGUCGCCGAGCGGCAUGCCUCAAACGACCCAAUUGUGUGCGCAACAGAAGAAUUCAGCCACCAACGGCUCGAAUCUCUCCCUCAACAAGCAGCUUAUGAAUGAUUUUUGGACGGAAAAUCUCGCUACAUCACAAAAUCAUCAAACACCGAAGCGUUCCAUAUGGAACUAUGAAAAGAUUUGUGCGCCCUCGGUUAAUACAGUUGGUGUUGCGGGUGCGCCGCUUAAAGUGGAUGCACAAACGGCGAAGAAGCUCGCCAUAUUCGAUCCAACCGUUGCUGAGGCAGCACAAAAAGAGCUCCACAAGCCAAAUAAACUGCAGAAGAAUGCGUCACUUUCGCAUUUGGACAUGAAGGUGCGGCAGGCCGUUACCAAAGAAGAUCUCUACAAGCUAAUAUGCAAUGAAAACUCACCCACCAGCCCCACAGCGCCCAACAGCUUUGUGAGUAAAGUUCCCAUCAAGAUCGGCACACAACAGUCAGCCACACAGAUGCUACAGCCACAAUCACAGCUGACACAGCCACAACAUUUGCCUCAGUCGACUCCCCUGAACAAAAGUGUUUCCCUGUCACACGUGCCGUCUGCAGUGUUGGCGGCGCAAGCAAACUCCUCACACACCCAAACCCACCCGCAAGCCUCUACCGUUACAUCAAGCAAUCUGACGCGCUCCUCGAGUCGCACACACAUACCCUGCUACAUGAAACAUUUGCCUGCGUUGAGUCGCAGCACAUCAAACACGGCAAUUCUGCUACCCGUUUCCCCUGCAGCAACAGCACAGCCCUCAACGCGAGACAGAGACGUCACUUCAAAGAAGAUUAGUCAGCCAAAGGCAUUGAUGACCGAUUCGGCAACAACAUUGGUCACACCGGCGGCAGGAACGAAUCCACUCCGCGGCUUACUCAAGAGUUCGUCGAGUUCAAGUGUUUUUGGUAUUGGAGCGACAGCUAAAUAUAGUCCAUUCUAUAUGCAACCGCAACAGCAGCAGCAACCGGCGCGCACUGGCGGUGACUCAUCGUCAGCACAAACGACGCUGGCAGCAGCUGCGGCCACGCUGACACCGGCAACAACGUCUGGCGGCACACCGCUUGCGCCAGCAAUGACAACUUCUUUGGUGGCUCCAAGUGAGAAACCGAAAUCGGCGCUGAGUGAUGAGUUGAUGAUACGGCAGAAGCAGUCGCAGGCGCUGGCACAAGUGCAACAGCAAAAGCAAAAACAACAACAACAGCAGCAGCAGACAAAGGUAGAACAGGCGGUGCCGGAAAGUAAACAACAACAACAACAGCAGCAGCAGCUGACAGAUGCUAAGCAGUUACAUACGCGAACACAAAAACAAAAUGCCCCAAGCAACAACGUCAACAACAACAUCAAAGUGACAAGUAAAGCGUCUCAUGCAAAUGCGGCUGAUGCUGGUGCUGCCACUUGUACGCCCUCAUCUUCGGAUCGCAAAUCGGAGAAGAGCAACAGUACGAUCAGCACGAGCAGUGUUACAACAACAAAUUGUUGCACCACGCACUUGCCACAGUUGUCGAAAUUCACCUCAUCAUUUCACAUACCGUCCGCCGAUGCCAAGUCGGGUCAGCAGUCACAGCAAACAAAGCAAACCGCCACUGGCAGUGACAACAGCGCGAAAACUAGCGCAGCAGCUGCUGGUGGCGUUGAGGGCUACAAAGUUACCAAAGCACAGAGUAGCGCCGCUAUAGAGCUGACGAAACGUCAAAAGGACGCCGACAAUAGGAUCGAGAAGGGCUUGAAUGAAAUGCUGAAAAUGGGCAACAACAACAACUGUGACAAUGGCACCGCCGUCACGGCGGCAACAGCGACAACGCGCGGAGCCGCAGCCGGAGCUUCGCAGCCAGUCAAAAUUGCGGAAGCUAAAAUUCUGGCAAGCAAUGAAGUCAGCGCGGCUGCGCCUAUGUCCAGCAGUGCGCACAGUAAAAUGACUGAAGCUUACGGAAAUGCGCAACAGUUGUAUCAGCAACAGCAGCAGCAGCAGGCGCCUUUACAGUUGUCGAAGAAGAGUUACCCGAUUGGCAAGUCGAACUCCACCUCGCAGAUACCGUUUGCUUUUCAACGCCAAAUUUUACAGCCACAAUUACAGCCGAUUCAACAACAGCAACAACUAUUGCCACAAUCGGACUUGCUGCGCCAAAAAAAGCCACAAAUGUUGCAGCAACAACAACCCUCGCUAGCGCAAACACAGCAGCAGCACGCCUAUCCGCAACAGAAGCGACCCUUCCUCAACUGGAACUCAUUUGCCUGCUCGGCGAUGAGCGGCGCCACAGAUCCGUUUAUGCAACACCACCAGCACGCGCACAAAUUGCAGCACACUGCUUCGGCAACAAAUGUCAGCAAGAAGCUGAUGCAACAGCCCGCUUUCACCCAGCAGCAGCAGCAGCAACAACAACAACAACAACAACUGCAGCAGCCAAAAAUGGCAGCUGGCUUAGCAGCUUUCCUGCAGAAGAACAACACCAACAAAGAAAAUAAGUAUGCAAGUGCGCUGCAGCAACAACAGCAGCAGCAGCAACAACAACAAACGCAAUAUUUGCCCGGCUUCUUGCCAGCUCAAAAGCAACAACAACAACAACAACAACAACAACAGGCCAAGUAUAACUUUAUGUAUGCCCAACAACAACAGCAGCAGCAGCCUGCUCUUCGACCUGGCGGCAAUGCGCUGGCGCACUCUGCCUCCUUUAGCGCGGCGCAAAGGCCUAACGCUUUCCAGGCGAUGGGCAGCAAACCGCAACAGCUGCCUGGACAAUACUACAACGUGCCGCCGAAAGUGCAGCAGCAGCAGCAGCAGCCAUUGCAAGCCGAACGUAAAGUGUUGCAAACCUUCGAGCCAUAUUUGUAUCCGAAGCAUAGCAACUACAGUCUGGGCAGCAUGCAGCAGAAACUAUACCAACAGCAGCAGCAGCUGCCGCAUAAUGGUGGUGGUGGUGGUGGUGGUGGUGGUGUUCUGUCGCAACACAAUAACACACAACAGCAACAACAACAACAGCAAAUAGGUGGCGCAUCCUAUCAUCCAGCGCCUCACGCGCUCACUCAAUCCGCCUCCACAUCGGCCAUGUGCUUCGGCGAUGCAUACCGACCUUUGGCGCCACCAACGCCAUUGCCCAUUGCUGGCCAUCAGCAACAAGUGCUGUUGCAACAGCAACAAAGUAAUUCAGUUAUUUUAAAUCAAUCACAAAAUCAAAUGUCCAAAUCUGCACUAGCACUACACUAUAGCGAGACAGCAAAGCCCGUCAUACAAGAUGAUGCUGAUGGCCACUUGAUAUAUCACAACGGCGACAUUCUUCAUCACAGAUGUUCGUGACAACUUUUUGUUUUUCUUUCCUUUUUACUAUUUCCUUUUUAUCUAAUACAUAAACAUACAUAAUUGAAAUAUUAAA